UUUUAACCGCCACCGCGAAAAGGAUCCUUUCAAAAAAACAAAGCAAGCAACAGGCCCAGCGGCAGCAACAGUGAUUUUUUGUCCAACAGCUGUUUUAUUUCUAUUUGGAACGCGGAUAUUCGGUAUUUGCAGUGUGAAUUAAACCUUCCCCGCCAUGAGUGUAAAGGACAUUUAUUAUUCGGAUAAAUAUUUCGACGACGAGUACGAGUACAGACACGUCGUCCUGCCAAAGGAUAUCGCAAAACUAGUGCCAAAGACCCACCUAAUGACGGAAACGGAAUGGCGAUCGAUCGGAGUACAGCAGUCCCGGGGUUGGAUCCACUACAUGAUCCACCAGCCCGAACCUCACAUCCUGCUGUUCCGACGACCCAUCACGAAAUAGUCGACUGCAUCCGGAAUCUGGAACAUUCCACCGCCGCCGCCGCUCAAAGCCCCCGUUUUGUCCGUUGUCCAUCUCCUCUCCGUUUUAGCUGGCUAAGUUCGUGUAUGUGUAUGUGUGUGAGAGAUUAGGGAAAUUCUUGCUCUACGAAAAUAUCAGCAAAAUACCACAGAACACAGAAAAUCGCAACAAAAAGAAAGCAAACCGAAACAGAAGAAAGGCGUCGAAAAUCCAACACACUUUUUGUACAGUUUUUUACUCGUUAAUUUUAAGCUGUCCGCGAUAGUCUCAGCCAAAAACAUAAGAAUGAAAGAGCAGCCGUCAAAGGACGUGUGUUUGUGCCUUUUUUCCUAAAUGAAAACCAACAAAAAUACAAAAACCACUAGCGUUAAGGUACUUUUAAUACAAAUUUUAAUUUUGAAAAUUAA